GACUGGUUAUUCUUCUCUUCACGUUUCCAUCCUCCACCCACCUUUCUCAUCUCUCCGUCAAUAACAUUAAAACUCCAACAACCCGACUCACAGGUCAAGCCCUACCUAACAUCUCCAGCUUCUUUGCUAUAAAAAACGCACCGUUUCACCCACCAUCUCCAUAACAAACAAUGUCGUCGUCUUCGUUGCCAUCCGUCGCCGAAUUGCAGGUAGAGGCCUUUACAUUCCCGCGAUUCGUUAAGCCUCCAGGAUCUGCCAAAACUCUAUUCCUCGGCGGCGCAGGGGUGAGAGGUUUGGAUAUUCAAGGGAAAUUCGUGAAGUUCACGGCAAUCGGAGUGUAUUUGGAGGAUAUCGCUGUGCCGUCGCUCGCUGUUAAGUGGAAGGGAAAAAGCGCCGAUGAAUUGACGGAGUCCAUCGAGUUCUUCCGGGAUGUCGUUACAGGUCCAUUCAAAAAAUUCAUAAGGGUAACUAUGAUCUUGCCAUUAACGGGUCAACAAUACUCGGAGAAAGUCACAGAGAAUUGUGUUGCAUUCUGGAAAUCAGUCGGAAUUUACACCGAUGCAGAAGCAAAAGCAAUUGAGAAAUUCCUCCGAGUCUUCAAGGACGAGAAUUUCCCACCAGGCUCUUCCAUCUUUUUCACACAAUCACCCAAUGGAUCUCUGACGAUCACCUUCUCUAAAGAUGAAUGUAUA